AUGGGUGCAAUGUUUACUACCUUAGCCGCAUUCUCUGAUAUCGGUUCAGCUUGGUUACGAAUCCCAUUUACAAAUCAUACCUUCCUGGAUCGGUUGAGAGAUUGGACUGUGGAGUGCGUUCAAUGCGUUCAAUUGUGGCGCUCCGUUUCUCCACGCGAUGCUAAAGUGUGUGGUCCCCACGCGAAGACCUGCAAGGGCAGUGCGUGCUUCAUGCGUCAAUGCAAACAUUGCCCAGUUUAUCAAUACAUGAGCGGAUGUGUUGAUCUGACGCCAUGGCAAAUUGCCGACUUGGAGGUGAACCGACGGCGAUCCGAGCUACGAAUGCGGAGAGUAGGUGCGGUUCUGCUCUGUGAGGACACAUUCAAUCAGACAACUUGUAUAUGCAAUCGAAGAGACAAGUGUAAUUCCAUCCAUGCUCGACUACCAUUUUCGACCUACAGUGAGGGGAUCUUCAAAGGUGUCGUGAACUUCGACCAGAUCAUUGCCGAUUUGGAUCCAAGGUAA